CAGACAGCCGAGCUAGUUGAGUAGACGCCACGGCGGGGCCGGGACCCUCUCGGAGGCGCGCGGCGCGAGCCAGUGACACACGAUGGCGGGCGAGGAAGACCGCAGAGACGGGGACCCGGUAUCAGUGGUGACCGUGCGGGUGCAGUACUUGGAGGACACCGACCCCUUCGCAUGUGCCAACUUCCCGGAGCCGCGUCGGGCCCCCACCUGCAGCCUAGACGGGGCACUGCCCCUGGGUGCGCAGAUACCCGCGCUGCACCGCCUGCUGGCGGCGCCGCUGAAGCUGGAGGACUGUGCCCUGCAAGUGUCUCCUUCUGGAUACUACCUGGACCCUGAGCUGUCUCUGGAAGAGCAGCGGGAGAUGCUGGAGGGCUUCUAUGAAGAGAUCAGCAAAGGGAGGAAGCCUACACUCAUCCUGCGUACUCAACUCUCUGUGAGGGUCAGUGCCAUCCUGGAAAAGUUGUAUGGCUCCAGUGGCCCUGAGCUGCGUCGCUCUCUCUUCUCACUAAAGCAGAUCUUCCAGGAGGACAAGGACCUGGUGCCCGAAUUUGUGCAUUCAGAGGGGCUGAGUUGCCUGAUCCGUGUGGGUGCUGCUGCUGACCACAACUACCAGAGCUACAUCCUCCGAGCACUAGGCCAGCUGAUGCUGUUUGUGGAUGGGAUGCUGGGCGUGGUGGCCCACAGUGAGACUGUGCAGUGGCUGUACACACUGUGCGCCAGUGUGUCCCGCCUGGUGGUGAAAACGGCCCUGAAGCUGCUGCUGGUGUUUGUGGAAUACUCUGAGAACAACGCACCGCUGUUUAUCUGCGCAGUCAACUCUGUGGCCAGCUCCACAGGCUCUCUUCCUUGGGCCAAUCUGGUGUCCAUCCUAGAGGAGAAGAAUGGCGCUGACCCUGAGUUGUUGGUGUACACAGUCACCCUCAUCAACAAGACACUGGCAGCACUUCCGGACCAGGACUCCUUCUAUGAUGUGACAGAUGCGCUGGAGCAGCAGGGCAUGGAGGCUCUGGUCCAGCGCCACUUGGGCACCUCGGGCACUGAUUUCGAUCUGCGCACACAGCUUGUGCUCUAUGAGAAUGCCCUGCGGUUGGAGGAUGGAGACAUUGAGGAAGCCGCUGCAGGUGGGCGGCGGGAACGCAGAAAGCCCUCUUCGGAGGAGGGCAAGAGGAGCCGCCGGUCUCUAGAAGGCGGGGGCUGCCCUGUGCGCUCCUCCGAGCCUGGCCCUGCAGGCCCUGCCUCUAGCCGCACAGGCCCCGCCUCGCCGACCGGCCCCGCCUCCAGCCCUGCAGGCCCCGCCUCACCGACCAGCCCCGCCUCCAGCCCUGCAGGCCCUGCCUCUAGCCGCACAGGCCCCGCCUCGCCGACCGGCCCCGCCUCCAGCCCUGCAGGCCCUGCCUCUAGCCGCACAGGCCCCGCCUCGCCGACCGGCCCCGCCUCCAGCCCUGCAGGCCCUGCCUCUAGCUGCAUAGGCCCCGCCUCGCUGACAGGCCCCGCCUCGAGCCCCUCGGACCCCGCCUCAACCGUAAUCUCCACCUACUCCGCUGGCUCGGCCCUGGCGAAGGGCCUGGCUCCCAGCCCCAUGGGCCCAGCUUCUGGUCUCUGUACCUCGGUGAACCUCUUUCCCGCCAUCUCCGUGGGGCCCUCAGCCGACAGCUCCAGCGAGAGGAGCAUCUACAAAACCCGAUUCCUGGAGAAUGUGGCAGCGGCAGAAACAGAGAAGCAGGCUGCACUGGCCCAGGGCCGGGCAGAGACAUUGGCUGGGGCCAUGCCUGAUGAGGCCGAUGGACACCCAGAUACCCGGGAACUAUGGGGCUCCCCAGAACCAGGCCCUGCACCCAGAACCCCCGAGAGCCCUACCCCCCGAGGUCUGCUCCGGGCCCAGCGGCACCUUGAGCCAGAACCCAAGGUGCCACUGGCCCCACCAAGUGCCAAGGCUGAGCCCAUUCAGGAGUUUCCUAUCCGUGUACCCAAACUCUGCAUUGGAGACCUGGACUUCUCAGAUCUGGGGGAGGACGAAGACGAGGACAUGCUGAAUGUGGAGGCUGUGGAGGCUGUGAAAGGGGUCCCACCCCCACCACCCCCACUGCCUGUGCUCUCUGGAGGCCCCCCGCCUCCUCCGCCCCCACCUCCCCCACCCAUCAAAGGCUCACUCCCACCACCUCCACCUCCAGCCGCCCCCCUUCCUCCCUCAGCACCUGAUGGUCUAGCCCUCCCCACCAAGAGGAAGACAGUAAAACUCUUCUGGCGGGAGCUAAAGCUGGCUGGGGGCCAUGGAGGCUCUGGGAGCCAUUUUGGGCCUUGCCCCACCCUAUGGGCCUCACUGGAACCUGUCUCGGUGGACACAGCCCGGCUGGAACACCUGUUUGAGUCCCGUGCCAAGGACGUGCUGCCUUCCAAGAAAGCCGGUGAGGGCCGCCGGACAAUGACCACAGUGCUGGACCCCAAGCGCAGCAACGCCAUCAACAUUGGCCUAACCACCCUGCCACCUGUGCAUGUCAUUAAGGCUGCCCUGCUCAACUUUGAUGAGUUUGCUGUCAGCAAAGAUGGCAUUGAGAAACUGCUGACUAUGAUGCCCACGGAAGAGGAGCGGCAGAAGAUCGAGGAGGCCCAGCUGGCCAAUCCUGACGUACCCUUGGGCCCAGCUGAGAAUUUCCUGAUGACCCUUGCCUCCAUUGGGGGCCUGGCCGCCCGCCUACAACUCUGGGCCUUCAAGCUGGACUAUGACAGCAUGGAGCGGGAAAUCGCAGAACCACUAUUUGACCUGAAAGUGGGCAUGGAACAGCUGGUACAAAAUGCCACUUUCCGCUGCAUCCUGGCCACUCUCCUGGCUGUGGGCAACUUCCUUAACGGUUCCCAGAGCAGCGGCUUCGAGCUGAGCUACCUGGAGAAGGUGUCAGAGGUGAAGGACACAGUGCGCCGGCAGUCACUGCUGCACCAUCUCUGCUCCUUGGUGCUCCAGACCCGGCCUGAUUCCUCGGACCUCUACUCAGAAAUCCCUGCCCUGACCCGCUGUGCCAAGGUGGACUUUGAGCAGCUGACUGAGAACCUGGGGCAGUUGGAGCGUCGGAGCCGGGCAGCUGAGGAGAGCCUACGGAGCUUGGCCAAGCAUGAGCUGGCCCCAGCCCUGCGUGCCCGCCUCACCCACUUCUUGGCCCAAUGUGGCCGUCGUGUAGCCAUGCUGCGGGUAGUGCACCGCCGUGUCUGUAACAGGUUCCACGCCUUCCUGUUGUACCUGGGGUACACAGCCCCGGCGGCCCGCGAGGUGCGCAUCAUGCAGUUCUGCCACACGCUGCGCGAGUUUGCACUGGAGUACCGCACUUGCCGGGAACGGGUGCUGCAGCAGCAGCAGAAGCGUGCCACGUACCGUGAGCGCAACAAGACCCGGGGCCGCAUGAUCACGGAGACAGAGAAGUUCUCAGGUGUAGCUGGGGAAGCCCCCAGCAACCCAUCUGUCCCAGUGGCUGUGGGCAGUGGGCCAGGGCGGGGUGAUGCCGACAGUCACGCCAGCAUGAAGAGUCUGCUGACCAGCAAGCCUGAAGACACCACACAUGGCCGCCGCAGCAGAGGCAUGGCCCAGAGCGGCUCCCCAGUCAUGCUGACAGCAAUGGGGUCCUCCAUUGCACCCCCAGAAGAACCCCCAGGCUCCGGUUUACCCAGUGACACUUCAGAUGAGAUCAUGGACCUGCUGGUGCAAUCAGUGACCAAGAGCAGUCCCCGUGCCUUAGCUGCUCGGGAACGCAAGCGUUCCCGGGGCAACCGCAAGUCUUUGAGACGGACGCUGAAGAGCGGGCUUGGAGAGGACCUGGUGCAGGCACUGGGACUGAGCAAGGGUCCUGGCCUGGAGGUAUGAAGGCGCCGCCUCCAGGGCACCUACCUGUCGGGGCCCCAGCCUGCAGUACAAGAGACUAGAGAGUGAGGAGGGAUCAGCAGAAUUUGGGCCUCUUCUCAACCCCAGGGCCACUUUGUGCCCAGUGGACAGUGCCUUGAGCAGUAUUAGCUGUGCGUGCCUAUGUGCAAGAGUGUGUGUGUGUGUGCAUGUGUGUGUGUGCAUGUGUGUGUGUGUGUGUACACACGUACUUGUAUGAGCUCCCCGAAUAUGUGGAGUAUAAUAAAGUUUUCCUAGCCAACC